AGGAAGCCGCCCAAUGCGGUUCGCGCUUGUCUCGACAACAACAUCGCCAUUUUCAGCUCUGGAAGGGAGGUGGGGACGCCGAAAUCUCCCGCGGUACAGCAGAAUUCCCUCAGAUCCCCAAAAAUGAAAAGGAGGUUGAGCAAAGAGUGUGAGGACAGCACCUCAUCAUGCGAGGGGCAGACAGUGUCCUACAAGAGACCGAAACAGCCCUCCGAGGACUUUGGAGAUCUGCAGUCCAAUUGGGUUCGACUUCCCCAGGAGAUCCUGCUUCACAUCUUUCAGUACCUGCCCCUUCUUGAUCGAGCCUUCGCAUCACAGGUUUGCCAUAACUGGAACCAUGCCUUCCAUAUGCCAGAGCUGUGGAGAUGCUUUGAGUUCGAACUCAACCAGCCGGCCACCUCUUACCUGAAGGCCACGCAUCCUGACCUAAUAAAGCAAAUAAUAAAGAGGCACUCUAAUCACUUGCAGUACGUCAGCUUCAAGGUGGACAGCAGCACAGAAUCAGCAGAGACGGCAUGUGAUAUCCUUUCUCAGCUAGUAAACUGCUCGCUCAAGACCCUCGGCCUGAUCUCCACUGCACGACCAAGCUUCAUGGAGCUACCGAAGUCUCACUUCAUCUCCGCACUUACCGUGGUAUUUGUCAACUCAAAGUCUCUUUCUUCUCUGAAAAUUGACGACACGCCAGUGGACGAUCCUUCACUCAAGGUUCUGGUGGCUAAUAACAGUGAUACACUCAAGCUGUUGAAGAUGAGCAGCUGUCCACAUGUUUCUCCUGCAGGAAUUCUGUGUGUUGCUGAUCAGUGUCAUGGUCUGAGAGAACUGGCGCUGAACUACCACCUCUUGAGCGACGAGCUCCUGUUGGCACUUUCUUCAGAGAAACACGUUCACCUGGAGCAUCUGCGCAUCGACGUGGUAAGCGAAAACCCCGGCCAGCAGUUCCACACCAUCAAGAAGAGCAGCUGGGACGCCAUGGUGCGCCAUUCACCCAAGUUCAACCUGGUCAUGUAUUUCUUCCUGUAUGAGGAUGAGUUUGGGCCCUUUUUCCGGGAUGAGAUCCCAGUCACGCACCUCUACUUUGGCCGCUCUGUCAGCAAGGAGGUCCUGGGCCGCGUCGGCAUGAACUGCCCACGUCUGGUAGAGCUGGUGGUGUGCGCGAAUGGUCUGCGGCCACUGGAUGAGGAGCUCAUUCGUAUCGCAGAGCGCUGCCAGUUUCUAUCAGCCAUUGGACUGGGUGAAUGCGAGGUUUCCUGCAGCGCUUUUGUGGAGUUUGUGAAAAUGUGUGGCCGUCGGCUCUCUCAGCUGUCUAUCAUGGAGGAGGUGCUCAUUCCUGACCACAAAUACGGUCUGGAUGAGAUCCACUGGGAAGUCUCCAAACACCUAGGACGUGUUUGGUUUCCAGAUAUGAUGCCCACCUGGUGACAUUUUGCAUUUGAAAAGUCAUCAGACGCAGCACGGGACACUCCUAAUUUGGUAAUACGGACUUUUUUGUUCUCACAGUUACUUUACAGGGUUUGUACAUGGAUUUGAUUGGAGAUUGAAAUUCCUUCUAUGUUAGUAAUGAAUUUGGACUGUGAUGUCAGGAGAAUUUCACCCAAAAAUUACAAUAAUGGUAUUUACUUUCCUAUAAGCUAUUGAGAAAAAAAAGAAAAACAAAAUACACUUGCUUUUGUUCUAUGGAAGUCAUACAGGCUUGUGUAAUUGCACAAGGAUGAGAAAAUAAUGACAUCAUUUUUAUUUUUGGGUGGACUAUCCCUUUUUCUUGUUGUAACAUAUAUACCAGGCCUAUUGAGGUCACGAUCUUGUUAAAAUCAAAGCUAAAAGUAUAUAAUUAUAUUUAAUUAUAUUUUGCAUCAAAAAUGCCAUUUUAGGACUAUUAUGUCAUUUAUCUGGUCAUUGUGUAAUUAUUUUCACUAUAUAUUUGUUGUUAUGCUUUGAGUAAUUCUCAUUACUAUAAUUAUUAUUAUUUUACAGCUCUAUUUUUACUACAACAAAAUACUGCCAUGAUCUAUAACUUUUUCACACACUUUUCACAGUGCAAGAUGAGAGCAAUUUUAGGGCUGACAGGACACAAUCAAAAACAAAUAGUGAUUGUAUGGAGCUAGAUCAGUGUAAAAAA